GCUGUGAGAGGGGGCGGGGCCAGUGCGGGGCUCCUCCGCAGCGUGGCUCUGUGGCGGGGAUGGCUCUUGUCCUGUACUCCUAGUUUGGAGCCUCUCUCCGUUCUCUAGGUGCUCCCCUGUACCGGACGUAGAGCGGGAAGUGCCGGGAGAGCUCGUCUAUAGAGGGAGCGCGGCACACGGACGGUCCUCACAGUGCUCCGAGUCAUGGCCACUUCUCCGUGCAGCAGCAGCGGGGUCUCCUCGUCCUCCUCCUCCGGCUUCAGCAUAGACAGCGGGCUGGAGAUCAAGACCAAAUCCGUGGAGCAGACCCUGGUGCCCCUCAUCUCUCAGAUUACAACACUCAUCAACCACAAGGAAAAACCAAAGAAAUCUGAAAAGACAUUGCAGGCCAUUCAGCGGGUGGGCCAGGCCGUAAACCAAGCAGUGGGGAGGUUUGUGACUGUAGGUGAAACCAUAGCGAAUGAGAAUCGUGAACUCAAAGAAGAAAUGACUGUAGCCUGCAGUGAGGCCAAGCGAGCUGGUGAAACUAUAGCCCAGUUGACUGAUAUGAACCUUGGGGAACACCAUGAUCCUGAUGGACGAGUAACAAUUUUUACUGAUAAGACUGGAGUGGUAAAAGCUGCUAGACUUCUGCUGUCUUCAGUUACCAAGGUGCUGGUGUUGGCAGACAGAAUUGUCGUUAAACAAAUUAUCACUUCCCGAAACAAGGUUCUUGCAACCAUGGAGCAUCUUGAGAAAGUGAGCAGCUUUCAAGAAUUUGUUCAGAUAUUCAGUCAGUUUGGGAAUGAAAUGGUGGAGUUUGCCCACCUUACUGGAGAUCGACAAAAUGACUUAAAGAGUGAGAAGAAAAAAGCGAGUAUGGCUGCUGCAAGAGCCGUGCUAGAGAAAUGUACCAUGAUGCUGCUCACAGCUUCCAAGACCUGUUUAAGGCAUCCUGAUUGUGAGUCGGCACGUAUUAAUAAAGAAGGCGUCUUCCAAAGAAUGAGAUUGGCGUUAGAGCAGGUAAUUGAAAUUGUUACCAAUUCACGACCUAAUGGAGACAUGGAGAUUGCAACAAUCAGUAUCUACACUGGAAUUAGAGAAUUUAAGGGAAAAGUUGAAGGACUUAGAGACAACCUAUAUUUUCUAUCCAAAGAGAAUCUAUCCACUAUGUUAGAAGUUAUCUUGGAACAUACAGAGGAUUUCACGGACUCUGCCUAUACAAGCCAUGAAAAUAGGGAACGUAUUCUGGAAUUGUCAAACCAAGCCAAGAUGGAGCUAGAACAGCUGGUUUCAAUGUGGAUGCAAGCUCAAACCCAAAAGACAAAAGAAAUUAUCGAAGACUUGGAGUUGGCCAUACUGAAAACAUGUCAAUGUGUUACCGAACUUAAACGAGAACUUCAUAAUGCAGCUACUGCACUAGCAUCUGACUUGCUAAAAUACCAUGCUGAUCAUGUUGUCUUAAAAGCACUGAAAAUUGCUGGAGCAGAAGGAAACCUGGAAGCAGUGGCAGAGUAUACCUGCAAGUUAUCAGAGCAAAAAGAACAACUUGUAGAAACUUGUCGGCUGUUGAGACAUGUUUCGGGCACAGAACCUUUGGAAAUCACAUGUAUUCAUGCAGAAGAUACGUUUCAGGUGACUGGUCCUCAGAUUGUGUCAGCAGCAGAAACAUUUGCCCUACAUCCCACCAGCAAGAUUGCUAAAGAAAACUUGGAUGUCUUUUGUGAAGCCUGGGAGUCUCAGCUGAGCGAUAUGUCCAUUUUAUUGCGGGAAAUUAAUGAUGUUUUCGAGGGAAGGCGAGGGGACAAGCGUGCAUAUCUUUCUCUACCAAGACCAGGGAAACAUAGUGGGAACCUAAAAACCCUCAAACCAGUAAAGCUUGAUGGAGAGGAGCAGGCAAAAAUUUCCAAGCUAGGAUUAGAGCUGCGUCUGCUUACCUCAGAUGUGGAUUCUGAAGCAGAGAAAUGGGAAGAUCAAGAGAAUGAGCUAGUUAGGCAUGGGCAGACCAUGUCCAGUAUGGCUUACACAAUGUACCUGUUUACAAGGGGUGAAGGGUUACUAAAAACUACCCAGGACUUAUUUCAUCAAGCAGAGGUGUUUGCCGCAGCUGGGUUAAAGCUUUCAUCUAUUCUUCACACUUUUUCCAACCAGCUUGAAGAUGAUGACAAACCUUUACUCUUGUUGGAGAUUGAGAAGCUUUUUCCACUGUGUCAACAUCUUCAGAUGACGUCAAGAACUCCUGUCCAGGGCAAAGUGGCCACCUUCACCAAGGUUGACACUUGUAUUCAGAAAUCAAAGACAAUGAUGAUUAUAUUAGCUCAAGUUCUUCCAAUUUGCUGCAAGUUACUAAGGAAGUGUAAAGCAGGUAAUGGAUGCUACCGCCCUCCAGGGCCCUGGAAAGAAAACCGGAUACAGAAUGUUUCAAGUGAAGAUGGUUUAGAAGGAAAAACAGUAGAAGUCUUUGGAGUAAAGUCUUUGGAACACCAUGUAGCAAACCUGACGUUUCUAGAAAGUAAAUAACAAUGUAGAUUUCCUGGAGGAAAGAAAGGAGAGGACGUCAACUAUUAAGCUCUACAUGGUGUUUAUUUGGUGUUUUGCUCCACAUCCGGUACUAUCGUACUUUUUACACAUUUGCUAUGUCAGGUUAAAAAAAAGUCUUUACUAAAUGUGAAUGUUUGCAUUUUCUUCCUUUCACCAAUCACACUGUUUAAUGGUUAUCAUAAGCUCUGUUGUGAAUGUCUUAAUGGAACCUAAACCCAAAGAUGCUGCUAUGGUUUGUAUACGUGUAAUAUGCAGAAAUCCUGAUUUCCAAUUUGCUGUGUUACAAAUUUGCAGUCAACAAUGUUUCAUUCUUGCCAGGUUGCUUUUUUUUCCCAAUUGUAUUGUGUUUACCUGUAUCAGGGCAAUGUUUCGUGGUCUGAAGCACUGAUCAGCUACUGUCUCCAUGGCUGAUGUUCACAACCAAGAAUAAACAGCACACUGUAUCCACACGUACAACCUGCACCUCUGUCCCCUCGUAGUUUUCAUUCUAAAUUUGCUGCUGAACUCUUUACAUUUAUUGGAUAUUUUCUCAUAAAGAACUAUUUUUGACCUAGUUUGGCUACGCAUUAUGUUCUUGGAUUUGAAGAUGGUCCUGUAGUUAGCUGCUGGAGAUGGCAAAACUGGGUGGAACAUGCCGAAGGUUUCCCUGGGUCUGUUGCCACUCUCAUAGACUUAUAAAGCUCACCCUUACUUUUAAAUCCUAGGAUUUGAAAUGCAUGUUAAAGAAGAUAUCUUUUCUCAGAAUGUAUACCAUAUUUAAGUAUCAUGGAAAUGUAGUUUUUUUAAAUUAACAUUUACAAUGUAAGAUUCUAUUUUUAAAAUAAAAUUCUAAUGAAU